AUGUUAAAAGAAGAAGGCGCUAGUGUUCCCGAAGAUUCUUUCCCGAACAUUCAUUUCCAGUCAAAUACAUACGAAUCUUUAUCUCAACGGGACGCUUCCGUUCGCGCGGUCUCACGCCUGUCCGCGUGUCCGCCUGUCCGCGCCUCGCCAUUCGCCCCUCGUCGCCGUCGUAAGGAGGAGGAUCGAGCUAAUCGAUCAACGCCGGUUGCGCUAGGAUUACGUAGAGAUACUUUAGACGGCAGUGAAGAUCGCGUUCGGGAUUUACCGCUAAGAAGUGGUCAUCAGGGAAGUUCUACUAAUUCCAGCGUAGAGAUCGUAGAAACGAACGUCGUCGUACUUCCAAUGACGAAGACGCUAUUUUAGACAGCCAAGACGUUUCAAGUAUUGAUAGAGAUAAUAAUAAUAAUAAUACUUAUUGGUUGUGCGCGUGUGUGAGUGCAUGUGUG